AUGGAGAUCAGACGAAGCCUUGAAGCGAAUUUCCUUACAUGUCGCAUUUGUAACAAGCCUUUUACUACUCCCAAAGUGUUAGCAUGCAUGCACACUUUCUGCAAGCCAUGCCUGGAACAUGUCCUUGAGCAGGAAACACUGGAGGCAGCACGAAAGCGCCGCGAAUUAGAGCAGUUUCAGAGGUCCUCCGGUUAUUCUUCCACCUCCUCUGUAUCUCAGUACAAGGGACGCUGGACUCGGGCUUUCAAGACGAACGACCAUCAAUAUGACAAAUCACGGCUCUCAGAUGACACGAUUCAAUGUCCAGUGUGUUCUAAAAAGACUAUUUUACCAUCCUCCGGAGUCCAUGGUCUUCCUGAUGAUCGGAUGGCCGGAAAAUUGGCCUGUAUUGUUGGGAAGAUCCCAAACUACCCAAUUUGCGACGUCUGCUCCUCUGGUAAUCCAACUAUCUGUCCCGAUAUCGGUCUCAGUGAUACACCUGCUCUCAAUUCGAAGCCUGACAAUCAUAGGCCAUGGACAGACGCGGAAGAUGGGGAUAGUACAAGUGAUAUUCAGUCAACAGAAGAUGAAGAAGAUCACUACCGCAAUGGGGGACGUCUACAUCGCGGAAGUCUGGGCAUCCAUUCGCGUAAUGGUCGUCGCCAUGUUCGAAAUGGACAGAAGAAGAUGUCAAUGAACGCGUCAGAUGAUGAACUAUUUGCGUCUUCAUCGAGUAAUAAACCAACACGACCAAAUGAAGCUGUUGCUGCUUGCCUUGAGUGCUCCAAACGUUUGUGUGAUUACUGCUUGCAAAAUCAUGCAAAAGUGGCCGUCACAGCAAAUCAUGUAAUCAUUCAAUUGAAUCAACUAUCCCAAAUGUCAUGUUCUCGACAUCCGCGUGAAGCUAAGCGCUUUUUCUGUUUAACGUGCGGAGAGCUAGUAUGUCUUGUCUGUACGUUUGAAUCGAGUGUUUCAAACUUGAACUCCAAGAGUGACGAUGAAGAUCCCCCUCAUGCAGGAGGACACGCUGAUCAUGAGGUUUUAUCCAUUCGUCAGGGUCUCAUAAAUCUCGAACAACAUGUCAACAAGUCGAUUUUUGAUUGUAAACAGAAGGCAGAACGUUUGGAGCUGCUACUUCUCGGCCUGAAAUCCUGUGCAUCAAAUGUGCUCUCCCUUAAGGCCUCUAUUAAUACAGCUGCCGAUAACCUUAUCAAAAGUAUCACAACACAAAAGGAGAACCUCCUACAUGAACUUGAUACGGACGUGGGAGUAACUUCAGAACAACUGACUUCACAGUGUGAGAUUAUAGCAGCCUCUCUGGCUAAUUGGGAUGAGAUUAAGGAUGAAGACGACCUAAUGGAAACCAUCUACGCUCUUCAUCCCGUUGAGGCUCUAGCAGAAGCGAGUCAUAUCCGCGAGAAAUAUUACAAUGUUUUGAAUGAGCUUAGCGCUUCCAUUCCAAAUCAGGAAAAUUGGUCUCACUUAGUUAAGGAGAUUGAGACGUUGGAGCAUAGUUUUUCUCAACAUGCUAGUGUGGCAUCAAAGGAAGAUGACGGCGACAAUGAAACAGGCAAUGAGACAGAUAGCUCCUCAGUUGCAAGUACCAGUCCUCAAAAGGUAUCUAAGCGAGUUAGAUUUGCUCCACCGACCGAAGCCAUUGGCAUGAUUCCACCCUCCUAUAGUGCUCACUGGACCCGUCGUCUCGGUAAGUUCAUUCCCGGUGAGGGCGCUGAUUUGGGAAGACGUGCAACACCUGGCCAACUGGCCGCUGAGGCAUUCUUUAAGCGGGACAAGUUUGCCUGCAAAGCUAUCCAAGCCAGCCCUACAGACGUGAACGGACGACCUCUUCCGGCAGAGCGUGACUCACGACGACAUCGAGCCAUUCAAGUUGAUCUUCGGCCUACCAAUCAAACUGAGAACACCACGCAGACAGAGGCCUACAGCGUGAACGCCAUUCACCGCAUCAAAGUGGACUUUGGAACGCAAUACCAGAGCUCUGACGUCAACAUACCUCUAUCAUUUUUCCGAAGUUCCAAACAGAUUACCGUACAAAAGUAG